AUGCGUUUAUAUUUUCUUCCUCCCAUGAAUCCGUGGUGUAAACAGUAUCCUAAGCUACCUGAGCCCACCAGCAGUGUAUUACCUGUCUUGUUUGCACUGCAGCCAGAGAAAAAACAAACCAAGACAAAAUCUGGACUGAUUUUUGAAUACCUUGUUUGCCUCACAAUAUCUUGCAGGUCUAUUCCACAAUGCUGUCAAACACUUGGAAGAACGAUUGCUGCUCAGUACCACAGCUUCACUAGUAAACCAUUAAAAGAACACAUUUUCCCUCCUCUGAUGGACAUGCUAAUUUAUUUUAAUUUUUUCAAAGCACCAUUUCUUGUGGACUUAAAGAAACCAGAGUUAAAGAUGCCUCACACGGUGAACUUCUAUAUCAAAGUGGAACCCGGGGUGAUUCUGGGAAUCUGGCACACAGUGCCCAGCUGCCGCGGGGAAGAGGCUAAGGGGAAGGACCGUUGCUGGUACGAAGCAGCCCUUCAUGAUGGCAACCCAAUUAUUGUUUAUCUUCACGGCAGUGCAGAACACAGGGCAGCUUCUCACAGGCUUAAUCUAGUAAAGGUGCUGAGCGAUGGUGGCUUUCACGUCUUGUCUGUUGACUACCGAGGGUUUGGGGACUCUACGGGGAAGCCCACAGAGGAGGGACUCACUGCGGAUGCUAUCUGUGUCUAUAAGUGGACCAAGGCAAGAAGUGGUCACACCCCUGUGUGCCUCUGGGGCCACUCUCUGGGGACAGGAGUUGUGACAAAUGCUGCAAGAGUACUAGAAGAGAAAGGAUCCCCAGUCGAUGCUCUUGUUCUGGAAGCUCCGUUUACCAACAUGUGGACUGCCAGUAUCAAUUAUCCCUUGCUAAAGAUUUACCGGAAACUUCCAGGAUUUUUACAAACUCUUAUGGAUGCCCUGAGAGAAGACAAAAUAGUCUUCCCUAAUGAUGAAAAUGUCAAAUUCCUGUCCUCCCCCCUCCUCAUCCUUCACGGCGAGGAUGACAGCACCGUGCCCUUGGAGAAUGGAAAACAGCUCUAUGAAAUUGCACACAGUGCAUAUCGGAACAAAGAGAGGGUCAAGAUGGUGAUCUUUCCUCCUGGCUUUCAACACAACCUGCUUUGUAGAAGUCCCACACUGUUAAAAACUGUGAGAGAUUUCCUGAGCCAGCAGUGGGCAUGAGGUCUGAGAGCGGCAGAAAUCUUCAGCGAAGACUUGGUCCAAACAUCACCUGUGCUGUAUAUUUUUUGUGUAAAAUUGUACUGGGUUGCUUGGACGAGCUAAAGUCACUGGUAUUUCUACGAGUCACUUGCCAGCUACAAAGCAUGGAUCCUGGGCAGUACAGAAUGUUCUCAUUUAGCUUAUCAUAGUCUGCUGUGUGGAAUAUGCUGAAACAUCAUGUGGGGAAUCAGAAUUUGGUAAAAACUGGAUCCCAUAUAAAAAUGUGUAGUUACCAAACAUCCUGGGCUA